AUGUCAGAUGCAGCCAUGGAUACCAGCUCCAAAAUCACCACCAAAGACUUAUAUGAGAAGAAGGAAAUUGUGGAGCAUGCAGAGAAUGGAAGAGAUGCACCUGCUAAUGGGAAUGCUAACAAAGAAAAUGGGGAACAAGGGGCUGACAAUGAGGUGGAUGAGGAAGAGGAAGAAGGUGGGGAUGAAGAGGAAGAGGAGGUAGAAGGAGAUAGUGAGGAAGAGGGUGGAGAUGAAGAUGAGGAGACUGAGGCUGCUAUGGGCAAAUGGACCACCGAAGAUGAUGAGGAUGCUGAUGUGGACACCAAGAAGCAGAAGACUGAUGAGGUGACUAGACAGCAAAAAAGGAAACAUUAA